GGUCAUUGGAUCUUCUGGUGAAAGACUUGAAUGGGAAGAAUUACAGUUUGGUGAUAAAUAAUUUGCUGAAGCCUAUUGACAUUGCAGCAAGCUAUAGAAAGGUGAAGACCGACAUGGUUUUGGUAAUGUGCAGAAAGAAAAAAAGCGAUCAAAAGUGGGAGUAUCUUACACAGGUGGAGAAACAGAGCAAAGACCGAGAGAAACCUAAAUUAGACAGUGAUGCAGACCCCAGUGAAGGGUUGAUGAAUGUACUUAAAAAGAUAUACGAGGAGGGGGAUGAUGAGAUGAAAAGAACCAUCACUAAAGCCUGGGUGGAAUCCAGAGAAAAGCAAGCUCGAGGAGAAAUGGAGUUCUGAAAGGCAAUUGCUAAAUGUAUGAAUUCUACAUUAUUUUACCAGCUGUGUUUUCCAUUUCUGACGUUGUCAGUCGUUCUCAUCAGUGUUUGCUAUAUGUUUACAAAUUAGCAAAAUCUGUAUCAAAUAUAAUGUGUAUCUUACUGGAUAUUAUUUUGAGUGUAAACACGCUGCUGAGAGGAAAUAAAUUAUCACUUUACAUUAAAAUGUAUUGUAGAACUGCAAUGUUGAAACUUAAGGUAGACAUGCUAAUCGUGCCUGUUAAAUUUUUAUGUGAAAUUGAAUUCUUGGCCACCUGACUGUGUUAAUCAAGUGUUCUGCAUUCAGUAGUCUUUCAGAGCUACAUCUUUCUGUAUUGACUUUGAGAUACUGUUAUGAUAGCAGUGCCUUCUAAACUUUGCAGUUAGUAUCACUGUUGGAAGUUGCAUCACUGCAGAAUACAAAAAUGUUCCACAGUUUAUUAUAAUUAUGCAUUGCUGUUUAUUUCAUGCAUUUAUCUUGAAAACCAAUAAAAGUAGCUUUGGUUAAAAAAUA